CCAAUGGUGUGAAGUGCAGCCGCUGCAUAGAGAUAGAGCUCAGGUUAUACAUACACGUUGACACAGCCCCACAUUCGAAAUAAGCGCGGCGUUGCAGGGUGCAUCGAGUUCAUUUUCAAUCACAUCGAGAAUUUGAGAUGGUCCAGAUGGGCGACGGGAUAGGAGUGGUUGCCGCUGCGCUCGCCGUGGUGCUGCUCCCGUGGCUGUGGGCGGCGCUGGCGCACCUGGUGUGGCGGCCGUACGCCGUGGCGCGGGCGUUCGCGCGGCAGGGCGUCCGCGGGCGGCCGUACCGGUUCUUCGUCGGCAACACCGGGGAGGUCAGGGCGAUGCGUGCGGCGACGAGCGGUCUGACGCUGGACCGCAGCUCCCACGACAUCGUCCCGCGGGUGAUGCCGCACCUGCGGGCGUGGAAGUCGCUCUACGGCAAGGUGUUCUUCUGGUGGUCCGGCUCGAGGCCGGUGCUGUGCGUGGGCAACUACGACAUGGUGAAGCGGGUCCUCUCCGACAAGGCGGGGCUGUACCGCAAGCCGGAGCCGGGCCCCGCCUUGGUGGCGCUGAUGGGCAGGGGCCUCGUCUUGACCGAGGGCGAGGACUGGGCGCGCCACCGCAGCGUCGUGCACCCGGCGUUCGCCAUGGACAAGCUCAAGACGAUGGCCCGCGCGAUGGAGGCGUGCGCGGGGGAGGUGGUCCGGUCGUGGGAGGCGCGCGCCGCGGAGGCGGCAGGCGGGGAGGCGACGGUGGAGGUGGGUCACCAGUUCAAGGAGCUCACCGCCGACGUAAUCUCGCACACGGCGUUCGGCAGCAGCUUCCGGCAGGGGAAGGAGGUGUUCCUGGCGCAGCGGGAGCUGCAGCACAUCGCGUUCGCCUCCUUCAACAAGGUCCGCGUCCCGGGGAUGGAGUACCUGCCCACCAAAAACAACGUCCGCCGGUGGCAGCUCGAGCGCAAGGUGCGGGGCACGCUCAUGGUCAUCAUCGACGAGCGCCUGGCCGCCGCCAAGGAGGCGAGGGGGUACGGGACCGAUCUGCUGGGCCUCAUGCUCGAGGCCAACGCCGGCUUCGGCGGCGGCCAGAGGGUCAUGAACAUGGACGAGAUAAUCGACGAGUGCAAGACGUUCUUCUUCGCCGGGCACGACACGACCGCGCACCUCCUCACCUGGGCCAUGUUCCUCCUCGGCACGCACCCCGAGUGGCAACGGCGUCUCAGGGAGGAGGUGCUCCGAGAGUGCGGCGGCGCCGGGACACCCCUCAACGGAGACGCACUCAGCAAGCUCAAGCUGGUGAUGAUGGUGUUGUACGAGACGCUGAGGCUGUACGGCGCGGUUAAUUUAACCAUGAGGCAGGCGACAGCGGAUGUGGACCUCUGCGGCGUGAAGGUGCCCAAGGGCACCCUCGUGUCUCUCCCGUUCGCGAUGCUACACCGCGACGAGGAGGUGUGGGGCUGCGACGCCGGCGAGUUCAACCCGCACCGGUUCCUGGACGGCGUCGGCAGGGCCGCCGCGCACCCGAGGGCGCUGCUGUCCUUCUCGCUCGGCCCGCGGUCGUGCAUCGGGCAGGACUUCGCGAUGCUAGAGGCGAAGAUCACGCUGGCGCUGAUCCUGCAGCGGUUCGCGUUCGAGGUGGCGCCGGAGUACGUGCACGCGCCGGCCGACUUCCUGACGCUUCAGCCCCGGCACGGGCUCCCCGUCGUGCUCAAGCUCUUAGGUCCGUAGGAGGAGAUAAGAUUUAGCAUUUGACACGCUUUGGGUGUAGCGUGGUCGUCCGUCAAUAACACGCCAUCCCAAAUUUCCCGACUCCCAAAUUCUGCCAUGAGAAGUGCUCUUUGCUUCCCCUGCUUUGUACUAAAAGGUGCUGAACCUGAAGUUUUCUCGGGCUUGCAAGAAGCUCUGGAUGAAUGAAAUUAGGUGGGCAGUCUCUCUCUCCGUUCUCCUAAAAGAUCCCGAGGAAGAGGCCGAGGUAGUUGGAGGUGCUGGCACUCACGAGUCACAAUGAGCUGCAAAAUAGUACUGAUACAGGCCGACUGUGCGAAAAGCUGCGCCGACCAUGGUUUUGGUUGUCUAGGGGCUACCUAAUAUUAAUACUAAAGUGCAGUUAUUUUUUC